CCGGUUUUGCCUACGUGCAGCGGCCAUAUUACUUUUCCGUUCGUCAAGGGUAACUGAAGACACCAGGCGAGACAACAUGUACCGGUUUGCUAAAGUUGCAGUCAACGUCAGCAGUCAGGCUGCGAGGCAGGUGAGGCAUGGAUCCACUGCCCGCCAGGACUUCCACUCCAAGUACGGCACAGCUCUGAUGCUCGGUGGAGCAGCCUUCUGCACAGCUGUUUGGGGAUACGUGCUGACUCAGACCGGCAUCACCUGGAAUAUGUCGCCAGUUGGGAAGAUACAGCCCAAACCGUGGAGAGGAGCCGAAGAGGAGUAAAGAGCUGCCAUGACAGACCUGCGGCCCAUCCGAGAAACUUUCUGGUUGUACAGAUGAAUAAUGAAUAUCUACGUGUUCAGAUGGUGAAGGCCUGUGUUUAUUCCAACAUGUUACUUUGUCCAAAUAAAUUAAGUGUGAUUCUA